AUGCCAACUUCUGAUACUGACUUCGAUCUCAGCGCGUCUCCCGCUUCUGCGUACUCAAUCGGAGAGUAUACAUUUGCUGAUGUCAAUAACUUGGAGCAUUGUGCAAAGUACUUGAAUCAGACUCUUGUUACCUUUGGUUUCCCUGCCUCUCUUGAUCUUUUCGCUACUGAUCCGGUUUCAAUCGCGCGGACCUGCAAUUGCUUUUACUCUUUGCUUCAACAAAGACAGCGCGAUAUUGAGUUUAGAGAAUCUGCUACUGAGCAAAGACAGAGACUGCUAUCAGAUAUAUCAAGGUUGGAAGCUAAGGUUGAGAGGCUUGAGUCUCAGUUACAAGCCAAAGAUAGGGAGAUAGCGACCAUUACUCGAACGGAAGCCAAAGCCACAGCAGCUUUUAAGGCCCAAAUUGAAAAACUUCAACAAGAACGAGAUGAAUUUCAAAGGAUGGUUAUUGGUAAUCAGCAAGUGAGGACUCAACAAAUACAUGAGAUGAAGAAAAAAGAAAAGGAGUACAUAAAGUUGCAGGAGAGGCUAAACCAAGUGCUAAUGGAGAAAAAGAAGGAAUCACGUUCAGGCAUGGAGAUAAUGAAUUUGCUUCAGAAAGAAGGGCGGCAGCGUGGGACAUGGAAUGGAAAGAAGGCUGAUAAUGAUUUCUACAAGAAAAUUGUGGAUGCUUGUGAGGCUAAAAAUCAAGAGUUAAUGGCAGAGAAUAAUGAUUUAAGGGCAUUGUUGCGGUCAAUGCAGGUUGAUAUGCGUGAUUUCUUCAAUGCUCCAAAUGGGUCAUCCAAGCAAUCUCCGCCUGUCAAUGAAAGACUUGUAACAGACCCCUCACAAUCUCCCUUGGGUGGGAGGACGGACGUCUUUGACUUGCCUUUUCACAUGGCUAGAGAUCAAAUUGAAGAAAGUCUCCGAACCAAGAUGGCUUCCAUAAAGGGGCGAAUGGUUCAACUACAAGAUGCACAGAAAGGAUCAGAAGUUACUUCUGAAGCAACUGAGAGAGAACUUGAGCUUGAAGCUCAACUAGUUGAGGCAAGGAGCAUAAUCCAGGAGCAGGCAUCUAUAAUGUCUAAACAUCUUGCUAAGUCGGAGAGGCCAAGGGAAUCUAUCAUCUCUUCACAAGUUGAGGGAGUACGAGAUCAACGUGGUUGA